CCUGCCUUCGCUAACGCCAUGGACCAGGGCCACCUCAAGGACAGCCUCCUCGUCCCGUCCUCCCGCGCCGCCGCGACGAAUGGGCCCCACCACCGCCGCGCCACGCUCGCGCCGGGAACUGGCGCCGGAGGCCCAUGUGGCGGAGCCGGCGGCGUGUCCAUCGACGUCAACGGCCUGAAGCGGCGUGGCGGCGGGAGGCGCUCGUGGGUGCGCGUGGACGCGGCGACGGGCGCCGCGGAGGCCGUCGAGGUCGCCAAGCCGGCGUUGAUGCGGCGGCUGGACCUGCCCGCGCGGGACCUCCGCCUCCUCGACCCCCUCUUCGUCUACCCGUCCGCCAUCCUCGGCCGCGAGCGCGCCGUCGUCUGCAACCUCGAGCACCUGCGGUGCAUCAUCACCGCCGAUGAGGCGCUCGUUCUGCGCGAACCCGACGCCGCUGGGGGCGCCGCAGCGGAGGAGGCCGUGAGGAGGUACGUCGACGAGCUGCAGCGACGCCUCGUCGACCGCGCCGACGACCUGCCUUUCGAGUUCAUCGCGCUGGAGGUCGCGCUGGAGGCCGCUUGCUCCUUCCUAGACUCGCAGGCUAUUGAAUUAGAGGCUGAAGCUUACCCAUUACUAGAUGAGCUGACAGCAAAAAUUAGUACCCUCAACUUGGAACGAGUCCGACGCCUAAAGAGCAAGCUGGUUGCAUUGACAAGGAGAGUACAGAAGGUCAGAGAUGAGAUAGAGCAACUGAUGGAUGACGAUGGUGAUAUGGCUGAAAUGUAUCUCACUGAGAAGAAGAUAAGAAUGGAAGCAUCAAUGUUAGAUGACGAGGACCUUCAGGGAAUUGGCAAUAGUCAUAAUGGGUUUGGUUCAUCUCUAUCGGCUCCAGUUUCACCAGUUUCGACAACCCCUGCAACUCGGAGGCUUGAGAAGGAAUUCAGUUUUGCCAGAAGCAGGCACAGCAGCUUCAAGAGCUCAGAUAGCAGCCAGUACAAUAUAGAAGAACUGGAAAUGUUGUUGGAGGCCUACUUUGUUGUUAUCGAUUACACCCUCAGCAAGUUGACUUCGCUAAAGGAGUAUAUUGAUGACACAGAAGAUUUCAUCAACAUACAACUGGAUAACGUCCGGAACCAGCUGAUCCAAUUCGAGCUGCUCCUGACCACCGCCACGUUCGUGGUGGCCAUCUUCGGGGUGGUCUCGGGGGUUUUCGGCAUGAACUUCGAGGUCCCUCUGUUCUCGGUUCCGCACGCGUUCGAGUGGACCCUCGCCAUAACUGGGGUCUGCGGCGCCGUCGUGUUCUGCUGCUUCAUCUGGUACUUCAAGAAGAGGAGGUUUUUCCCCUUGUAGGUGAAAGCUUGAAGCUUCUCUUCUCUCGCCCUGUCACCAGAGUCCAGACAGCAGCGUACGUAUGAGACUGGGUACGGCAAUUGUACAUGCAUUGUUCUCGAAAUGCGCUGUCUGUUCACGUGAGCUUUUCUCCCUUUUUAAGCUCACGCCGCUGAUCGUGUGUAGCUUCACCGGUCUGCUGUACACUUUGUAUUAUUGUUGUUGCUGGGUAGUGGGUACUGCAUGUGACACUGUUCGGCCCCGGAAGAGGGGAAGGAGCCCAACAGAUCAGAUCAGUGCUGUUCUCCUCUCCCUUGCGGUGCGUGUUGUUGGCUUGUUUUCCAUUUGCUGUGGUGACCAGUGGUACCCAGGAGUUUUGCCU